GGCAAAAUACAAGUGACUGUAUAAAUUGCGCUGUGCCUCAAGUCUGAAGAUUUCAUUCCCUUUCAGAAUUGUAAACAGAGGUUGUAACACACUUGAUGUUUAUCCAUCACUCGGAAUAAAUGAGACGUUGGCUAAGGAAUUGAGGAUUUAUACAGCAGCGAUGCCCUGUGUUCAAACUCAGUAUGGAACUGUGCCCUACGACAACAACUACUACAGCUCUGAGUUCCUAAACCCCGAACUCAGUGCUAAGCUAACCAUGGACAUUGGUGCCGAGCAGGACCAGCUCACCGCCUCCUCCCUCCCCAGCAUCAACACCCUGGUGGGCAGCGGCUAUGUGGGCGAGUUUGACACCUACUCCUGCCAGAUCACCACCUCCACCGCCCCCUCCGGCCACUCAGCCGGCAGCACCUCCAGCCCUCAGGCUCAGCACUCAGCCUUUAAACUGGACGACAUCCAGGUAUAUAGCUGCUACCCGGGCUCCUUCGCCCUCAGCUACCUCGACGAGACGCUGUCCUCCUGCGGCUCCGAUUAUUAUGGCAGCCCCGCAUCAGCCGCCCCCUCCCCACCCACCCCGGGCUUCCAGAGCCAGCCUGGCCCAGUCUGGGACUCACCCUUCAGCCCCUACUCCCCAGACCCUGGGUGCUGGGUGGCCGAUAAGUCAAGCCUGGCUCAGCAACCCUCCUUCUUCACCUUCAUACCCACCACAGAGCAGCACUCCCCCCUGGGGCAGCACCAGGGCCCCCAGCAGAGUGAGGAGGACCCUUUCUUUCAGCCCUCCCAGAGGCAUGCCUCCCAGCUCCAUUAUGCCCCCUUGUCCCUAGACCAGAGGUCCAUGGACAGCCCCGGGCUCAUGGAAAGGCACAUGUUGUCCCCUAAGACCGGCAGCCCCGGGGCCAACGAGGGUCGCUGUGCGGUGUGUGGGGACAAUGCCUCCUGUCAGCACUACGGGGUCCGCACCUGUGAGGGCUGCAAGGGCUUCUUUAAGCGAACUGUACAGAAGAAUGCUAAAUAUGUGUGCCUAGCCAACAAAGACUGUCCAGUAGACAAGCGGCGAAGGAACCGCUGCCAAUUCUGCCGUUUCCAGAAGUGCCUGGGGGUGGGAAUGGUGAAGGAAGUUGUCCGCACAGACAGCCUGAAAGGUCGCAGGGGUCGUCUGCCCUCUAAAUCCAAGACAGUGCUAGAGUCAGUGUCCACCACCCCACCCGUCAACAUCAUCGCCUCUCUUGUCAGGGCUCACAUAGACUCCAACCCCGCCAUCGGAAAGCUGGACUACUCCAAGUACCAGGAGACGGUGGCCAGCCUAUCAGAGAAAGAGGAUGCCAAUGACAUCCAGCAGUUCUACGACCUGCUGACAGGCACCAUGGAUGUGAUUCGGAAAUGGGCCGAGACCAUCCCAGAAUUCACCGCCUUCUGCCCGGAAGACCAGGAGCUGCUCCUGGAAUCUGCUUUCGUGGAACUCUUUAUCCUCCGGCUAGCAUACAGGUCGAGUCCUGAGAAAGACAAGCUGAUCUUCUGCAACGGUGUGGUACUUCACCGUAUGCAGUGUGUGCGAGGCUUUGGCGACUGGAUCGACUCCAUCAUGGACUUCUCCCAGAGCCUCCACCGCAUGAACCUGGACGUGUCCUCAUUCGCCUGCCUUGCAGCACUGGUCAUCAUCACAGAUCGCCAUGGCCUUAAAGAGCCCAAACGGGUGGAGGAGUUCCAGAACUGCCUCAUCACCUGUCUGAGGGACCAUGUGACCAGCAGUGGCUCCGAUGCGGGGAGGCUCCAGCCCAACUUCCUGUCCCGACUACUGGGGAAGCUCCCUGAGCUGCGCACCCUCUGCACCCAGGGCCUGCAGCGCAUCUUCUACCUGAAGCUGGAGGACCUGGUUCCCCCACCGCCCAUCGUAGACAAAAUCUUCAUGGAUACCUUACCUUUCUGAAAGGACAGAUUAAAAAAAGAUGAAGAGGAGUGAUUAAGUGAUGAUGUGAGGGGACACAAAUACGAUAAACUGAGGAGGUGAAUAGGGGGCCGUUGUCCGAGUCCAUUACAUUUGGGACUUCUGAGUGUUGCAUAUGGAUAGGAGGCACCCCCCCCCCCCCCCCUCCACUGAAGUGGCGUGGACUUGCCCCUUUCCAGUGCACUGACUUAAUGACAAGUGUCUGAUUCUGCCUGUAUUUUUCUCACGUUUAGUUUUUUUUUUAAAGACCUGUGGGUGGCAGAAUUGGAUGUCUAUUUUCCUAUCUGUGAAAUUCUCAUGGACAACAUCCAACAAGAGAGAAGAAGACACGAGUGGACAUUUCAAGUUUUUGGUCUCUUUUGUAAGUGUGAGUUUGUGGAGUGGCUUUAUCGCUAUGCAAAAUGUUUACGUUUGUUUCUUUGUAGGUUGCAAAAUAUUGGGAGACAGUUGGUGUGUAUGUACAGCUCUGAGGGAAAUAAACUGCAUAUGUUCACACCUGAACACCCACUUAAA